AUGCCAUUAAAUAAGGAGGAGUAUAGGAUGCGGCUUGCUCGGGUGCAGCGACAAGCAGCUCUCAGAGUCGCAUCAGCAUAUCGUACAGUUUCUGAGCCUGCCGUCCUGGUGAUUGCUUUAGUCAUCCUGGUCAAACUUCUGGCUGAGGUGAGGAAAGCAAUAUACCAGCGAAAAGGCGAGAUCGGCAAGGAACGUGCCACAUCAGAAGAGCGCACCCGCACCUACCGGCAAUGGCAGGAGUUGUGGGAUCAAGAGACCGAGGACGUUGGACCAGCACGGCUGAUACCGAUGGUCCAGCUUUGGGUGAAAACGGCGACAUGGUGA